UAACUCGGAUUACAAAAUUUUUGAACGUAACGAUAACGGUUACAUUGUUAUCUAAUAAUUCCAUGAACAAUAAAUACCUGAUAUUGUCCAUUUGCUGGUAAUGCCCGAUAUACCCGAAAAUUUUUAAUUAUAACCGAAUAUAGGAAUCAAUUUACAUUCUAAAGGGUCCAACGCGUUAUUUAUAUUACCUUAAAAAAAUUCAAUCUAGCUCUUUCAUUAAUUUUAAUUUGAAACUUAGUAAUUAAAUUCUGCUGGAUAGUUUCCGAUUUGAUGGUACAAAAAAAGAUUACAAAAUGGUUUAUCAAUCGCAAAAACAUUAACAUAAAUUUUCCAUUUUCAACUUUAAAUUAGUAAUUCUACCUAUUUUAAUAUCUACAAAUGUAAAAGUAUAAAAAGAUACUCGAUUUUGAUUCAAUGUUAAUUAGCCUAUUUCAUAUUGAAUUAAAAUGCGCUCAUACUUAUAUGUUACCCUUGCUAUAUUAUGCGUUGCUUUAUUAACGACCAACACAAAUGCUUUUAAAGGUGAUUUGGUUGAACCCCAUGAUAAACCUUAUGUUGAAAAAUAUAAGUCCGAUAAAUUGGAUUUUUUAACCUUUGGUGAUUGGGGUUACGAAGGGGUUGAACCAGGUCAAAUAUAUGGAAAUCAAAGUAAAGUAUCUAUUGCUAUGGAUGAUUGGGCUAAAAAUUAUACUAGUAAUUUUAUAAUUAAUACUGGUGACAAUUUUUAUAUUAGUUUUGAUGGAGAUCACGAAGGAGUUACAAGUGUGAAUGAUCCAAAAUGGAAUAGAAUCUGGAAAGGUGCAUAUAAAGGUAGAUUAGCUGAAAUUGUUUGGUACUCCGUAGCCGGAAAUCAUGAUUGGUAUGGAAAUAUCACAGCUCAAGUCGAUUAUAGUUUGAAUGAAGAUGAUCGUUUCUUCUUACCAUCAGCGUAUUAUGUUCGUGAAUCGUACUUUGGACCAAAAAAAACAAAAGUCACAUGGAUUCAUAUCGAUACAAAUAUUUUCUUCUAUGAACCUGAAGAUACCGAAGAUAGACCAAAAUUGAUAAAUCAACUUAUAGAAGUUGGAUGGGAUACUGUACAAACAAUUAAUGAUAAAUUAAAAUGGAUUGAAGAUAGAUUGAUUGAACAACAAGAUACGAAAUGGAUUUUUGUUGUUGGUCAUCAUCCUCUUAUUGGUAAAUGUGCAGAUAAAUAUUAUAUGGGGAGCUUGAGACCGCUUUUCGAGAAAUACCGUGUAACUGCUUAUUUCUCGGGUCAUACACAUAGUUUAGCAGUAGAAUCAGCAAAAGACGGUCAACCUGUUACGUAUUUCUUAACGGGUGCUGGUAGUAAAACAGAUCCACCAUGUGAAGGAAAUGAUUGGGGUGCACCAGAUGGUACAUUGGGAUUUUUACACACUACUCUAACAGAAGAUAAAUUCACUUAUGAAUUUGUUGAUGCUACUACGGCUAAUGAUCCUAAAGUAAUUUAUACAGGAUCUCUUACUCCUAGACCUUAAGCCUAUGUUAUAAUUACUUCUAUUUAUUAAUCAUAAUUAAAUUUAACCGCGAUCCUUAGAUUUCAUUAUGUAUCACAAUGUCAAUAAGAUCUAAAAUUAUACAAAACUAAUAACGUAAUAAUAUAAUAAAUAAUACUAUUUUUAUAAUCG